AUGUCGGGCAACAGAAAUCGUCCUCGAAUCGUCAUCAAGCCGGACAUUAGAUUGGACACCUCGGCGGCGAACUCUGUCGCCGGCGGCGGUGGCAACCUGGUGGCUGCCCCCAACCUUGACCGCAGCACUCAAAUCAAGGUCGGCGAACAGGUGAUUGAAAUUGAUCCCGACAAUGUGACGGUCAUCAAGGAGCUGGGCCACGGCGCCUACGGCAUUGUGGAGCUCAUUCAGCACGAGCCGAGCGGCGUCAAGCUGGCGGUAAAGAAGAUUCGAGCCAGCAACCUGCAAGAUGAAACUCGCCUGCUAAGGGACAUGGAAGUGCUCGUCAAGAGUCGCGGCUGUCCCACCAUUGUAGAGUUUUACGGCGCCAUAUUCUGGGAGUCUGAUGUGUACCUCUUCAUGGAGAUCAUGGACAGCAGUCUGGACAAGUUUUACCGCCUGGCGUACGCAAUGGCCGCUGCGGGGACGGGCACCAGUCCGGCGGUGCCCGAGGCGGUCAUUGGGCGCAUCGCCGGCUCGGUGGUCAGUGCCCUGCACUACCUCUACACCCUGAAGGUCAUCCACCGAGAUGUGAAGCCCUCCAAUAUUCUCAUCAACCGGACGGGCAUUGUCAAGCUCUGCGACUUUGGCAUCAGCGGCUACCUUGUCAACUCGGUCGCCAUGACCAACGAGGCAGGCUGCAAGCCUUACAUGGCACCGGAGAGGUUACGACCACGGCCGCAGGGCUACGACAUCAAAAGUGACGUCUGGAGUUUGGGUUUAACGCUUUUCGAGAUUGCCACCGGCGCCUUUCCCUAUCCACAUGGCAACCUCUUUGAGCAGCUCAAAUCAAUAUUCCAAGAUCCACCGCCAAAGCUUCCGGCCAACCGCUACUCGCCAGAGUUUGAGGACUUUAUCGUCAGGUGUCUUGAGAAGGAGUACCAGAACCGACCUAACUACCUGCAACUGCUGGAGUUGCCCUUCAUCAAGACGUACGCCGACGCGGACAUUGCCGACUUUACCCGAGUCGUGCUGGACUCUGCCCCCGAACAGUGCAACUCUGCAUCGCCCUCAUCCCCCGGCAAGCAGCCAUCAGUGGCCACCCCGCCCACCGGGUCACCACCGGUGCCCACGUGA